AUGGCCCCUCAGCCUCGCCACUUUGUGGUCAGGCCGAAUGUUAGGAUCCGGUCCGACGAGGGGGGUGCGAUCAGGGUGCCGCUCAUUGCAGUAGACGAACUACCAGAAUGGCUCGACAUCGUCGGCGUGCCACGCAGUCUAACACGCUCGCAAACCAAUAACAUGGAAUACCUCGGCACUUUUACCAAGAGUAAGGGCAAAUACAACGUGAACUACAACGUCAGAUAUGUUAGCGGUACAUCGCCGGGAACGGGCCUAACCGGCACCGCUUCAUCGAGUCGACAGGCGGACGGCAGCCGCGAUGACAGAAACGCUGCUCGCCGCUUGGCUGCAGCACCUCAAGUGCAAGAGGAUGAGCAGAAGAGCACGGCACAUGUGCAGGCUGCUGCUCUUGCGCUAGUUGAGGCUCCAACUACGACAGGAGUACAUCCUACAGACCGCAUGAAGGCACACUAUAGUGCCUUGCACGCCCGGGAUGUAGCCGGUCUAGAGGUUGGAGCCGGCCCAUUGCUCGCCCCACUUCCCGGUCUGUCAGCUUCCCGUCAUGCUCCGGCCACGGGUCUAGUUGCCCAAUAUGCAGUGCCGCAGGCCCCCCCGGCGCAGUCACCCUCCACUACGGACACAGCCACCGGCGCCUCUAACUUCACUCCGGCUGCCUCCUCUGCUGAUACCUCCCCGCUGAACAUCAACUCCGGCCCAGGCCCCAUUGACACGAACAGUUUCGCGUCUUCCUCCUCGACAGUGUCCGAAGAUGAGUAUUGCCGCAACUAUUGCCGGUACGGGCGCUGCAAAUGGAAGGAAAAGUGCUGGUACAAGCACGAGAUGCCGAUAACGAUGUCGGGGCUCGUCGAGGUCGGGCUGGUCGAGUUGCCACAGUGGUUUAUGUUGGCCACGGAGGGCAACCUCGGCGCUAGCUCCGCCGGCGGCCGCGCCGUUGGCGCUGCUGGGCCAGCCGCAGGCAGCAACGUCACAGACGACCACCGACCCGCCCAGAUUGACCAGCAACUCGCCGCAGGACAUCCAAGACCAUCCAGAGAAGCACUAGGCCUUGAGCUCGAGCGCAGGAGGAGCCAGGAGAGCAAGAGGAUCCAGCGUCGCAGCGAAAACAUGUUCCGCCUAGCCACCAGUAGCGCGGACAGAAAUGCUAGGAAGAAGCAGCAGCAGCAGCAGCAGCAGCAGCAGUCGCGUAAGGCACGCGAGAAGACACCCCGGAGCAAGGGCGGCAGCAGCGCCGCACAACAUCCGACUGCGGAACUGGCGCACAUCUUGACGCUGCAACAGCAGCGCUUGGGUAUGUUGAUUGCGAGAGAGGAGGAAUUGCGCAGCCAGCUCGUGGGGAACGGUGGCCACGGCGUUGUGCUGGGGGAGGCAGUAGGAUCGCCUGAGUCGGGAGCUCUUCGUGUGCAGCAAGUCACGCAGGAUGAUCCACCCAUACCCGUUCUUUUGGCUCCCCGUGAUCGUCCUGCUGCCGCCGCCGUCGCCGCCGUCGCCGUUGCUGCUGUUACUGAUGACGCGUCUGUUGCCAAUAAUGCUGGGCGUCCAGCUAGCGUAGUACUGCAGCAGCAGCAGUGCCAACAGCAGCAGCAGUACCAACAGCGACAGGAACAGAGCGGACAGAAAACCGUGCCAUCGCCGAUGCCCCGGAUUGUUCCUCCCUCCGUCCCGCUGCCGACAGUAGUGCCGAUGGAAAGGCUGAUAGAUCUCUAG